AUGGCAUCUACCCAACAAAAGAAGAAAAGUCUUUAUUUACAACGACAGAUAGAGAGACGAGAGAAAUUCCUUCAGUCUCAGGGGGCAGCACAGGAACCGAAGCAUAAUGUGCAGAUUGCUCCAGAAGUUGUGAAUCCUCCACUGAGGCAAACUGGACACCCUUCUCACAAAAACCGUUUGACAAAAAAAACAGGGCCUCAGCAAUCACAUUUGUCUCAAGAAAAAACACUAAAUCCAGACAAUUUGCAAGGUGUUGGUGUUUUGUUACCUUGUGUGUCCGAGAAGUUGCCAAAGCCUAAGGCUCCGCAAGGAGGCGUUGGUGCAUUAGUGUCAAAUGACAGAGUCAAAAAGAAUGGGGCCCUACAAGGUCCGCAAGUUAGUUCCUCUGUUCAGGAGGAAGGAAAAGGAGUGCCAGCACUAGGUUUGUCACUCUCCUACGUGACAAACGCAGCUACAGGGUACAACAAGAAAAAUCCUGACGACAAUGACACCACCACAAAAACUCAAGGUCAACUAGCCAAGAAGGCUACACAGCCACGCUGCUCGCCAAAGCUUGGGGCCCAGCCAGGAGAAAAAGUUAGCUCCCCCAUUCAGGAGGAAGGAAGAGGGGAGCAAGUAUUCGGUUUAACGCUCCCCAACACAACUAACACAGCUACACUUUGUAACAAGAGUCUACUCUCGCCAACUUCAGGGAAACUGGAUGUCAACCACCAACAAAAGAUCACAGAAGCAAAGAGGACUACACAGCCACACAGCUCGCAAAAGCUUGGGGCCCCACAAGGAGAACAAGUUAGUUCCCCCAUUCAGGAAGAAGGGGAAGGGCACCAGGCAUCGGGUUUCCCACUCCCCCACUCAAUGCAAACUAAACCAGGGGAUAAAAACCACGGGAAAAACUCAAAAGCUCUGUCAUCAAGUUCACCAGUCAACGACAUGGAGCCAAGACCCACCUCACUACAGCCAUGCAUUAAAAUAUUUAAAGAAUUCAAAGAAAUGGACUCUAACUCUCCUUCACAUUCACCUCCAGAGGAAUCACAGUUCUCAACUCUUUUAUAA